AUGUCAUCAACAGUCGUCACUAAUGUCGAGGAGAGCCUCCAAGCUAUCUGGGCUCAUGUCCUCAAUCUGCCCCAUGUUCCUCUCGACCAGUCCUUUCUUUCGAUUGGAGGAGACUCCAUCUCUGCCAUGCAGGUCGUGGGCCAAUGUCGGAAGGAAGGCAUGAGUCUUGGCGUCCAAGAAGUGUUGCGCAGCAAGUCCAUCACCCAGUUGUCGGGCGCUGUCAAAGAAGUCGGCAACUCGGCCUAUGACCACCAGGAAUUCUUCGACGAGGACUUCGAGCUCUCUCCCAUCCAAUCACUCUUCUUCAAACGUCCAAACACAAAUGGCCAUUUCAACCAAUCUUUUUAUCUCCGGGUGUCACGUAAGACCGACGCCGGCGAUUUUCAGUCUGCGGUGGAACAGCUUGUAACACGCCACUCUAUGCUGCGAGCACGGUUCACGCAUUCACCUGAGCAUGGCUGGCAACAGCGUCUUACAAACGAUAUCAGUGGCUCCUACCGAUUUCGUCAUCUUGACGUGACAUCACAAGCUCAAAUCGACACUCAGAUCGCCGACUCGCAGCAAUGUUUUGAUCACGUCUCUGGCCCGCUUUUCGCUGCCGACUUCUUCGAUUUUGGUGACGAGCAGUAUGCAUUCCUCACCGGUCACCAUUUAGUUGUUGACCUGGUCACGUGGAGGUUAUUGCUCGAAGAGCUUGAAGAGAUCUUGAAAGGCGGGCAGUUGCUUGCCCCUGCUCUUCCGUUCCAGAAAUGGGCGGAGCUGCAACGUGAUCACGCUGAGUCGCUCGAGCUUGAUGACGUCCUUCCAGCUGUUGAUGUUCCUCCCCUGGACUUCACGUACUGGGGCAUUCAGCAUCAAGACAACACCUACGGCAACGCUAGUCAUGCCAGCUUUGAACUUGACAAGGAGCUUAGUGCCGCCUUCCUGACCAACUGCCAUACUGCUUACAAGACCGAGCCAGUCGAGGUCUUACUUGCAUCGUUAAUCCAGUCUUGGUCACAUGUCUUUACCGACCGACCUGUGCCUGCCAUCUUCAACGAAGGGCACGGGCGUGAACCCUGGGACUCGGACAUUGACAUCACCCGCACUGUUGGAUGGUUCACCGCGCUAUCUCCAAUCCUUGUAUCGCCAUCACGCAAUCCUACAGAUACAGUCCGCAAGAUCAAGGACUUCAAACGACGAAUCCCUGGUAAUGGCCGGCCGUAUUUUGCUAGGCGUUGUCUCACUGAAGAAGGUCGUGAUACUUUCGAAACUCACUGGCCCAUGGAGAUCUUGUUCAACUAUCUCGGCCAAUAUCAGCAACUCGAGAGAGCGGACGCUCUUCUCCAGCCAUCCGGCACCAUGGCCGGAGAGACAGGCAAGGCUGGCGGCACGUCCGACUUUGGUCACGAAACCUGCAGGUGGGGUCUCUUUGAGAUCUCCGCCUUCGUCUUCAAAGGUCAUCUCAAGGUCGCGUUCACGUUCAACCGGCACAUGAAGCACCAGCCACUCAUUCAGCGAUGGGUAUCGGAAUGCCAGUCAACCAUCUCGCAGAUGAUCCGAGGUCUCACCAUUCUCGACCCGAAGCCAACACUCAGCGACUUCCCGCUACUGUCAUUGACGGACGAGAGCUUCUCAGCCAUGAUCGAUAGCCUCUCAGCAAUUGGCAUUCGGGAUACCGACACUGAAGAUGUGUAUCCAUGUUCAAGGAUGCAGGAAGGUCUGCUCUUGUCACAAACCAAGCAUGCCGGUUUCUACGCUGCGGCUACUCUUCACGAGGUUACCACGAUCCACGGGGAUAUCUCUUGGGAGAAGGUCGCUGACGCUUGGCAACAAGUCGUCGAUCGACAUCCAGCUUUACGCACGAUCUUCAUCGAGAAUGUCGGUGCGAAGGGUCUCUACAAUCAAGUGGUUCUCAAACACAUCGACGCCAACAUCGUACACUUCGAGGCCUUAGAUGAGUCGGAUGCCAUAAAACUCAUUGAGGAGCAGCGUUCCGUCACUUACAACCACGGUCGAUGCCCAAACCACCGUUUCACCAUCUGUACUACGGCCGACGGGAAGACUUACUGCUCCCUGGAUAUCAGCCAUGCCAUCAUGGACGGUCACUCCAUGAGUCUUUUGGCUGAGGAACUCAGGAAAGCAUGCGCAGGGCGAACCAUUCUCGAUGGUACUCCCUACAGCGCAUACAUCGCAUGGCUUGCGAAACAACCUGAAGAGUCCAGCCUCGAGUUCUGGAAAUCUUACCUCGGUGGUAGUGAGGUUUGCUCUUUCCCGACUCUUGACGAUGGCCUAGGCCAUACUGUAGCCAAAGAACUGGUCACCAUCCGCCUCGAUCUGACCAGUAUAAGUUUGGCCGAUCUGCAGCACUUCUGCAACACCAAUGGCAUUACGCUAUCCAACGUCUUUCAUACUGCAUGGGCACUGACGCUCAGCUGCUACAUCGGAAGUAACGACGUCACGUUCGGCUACCUCACUUCCGCUCGUGAUGCGGAGGAAGUUCAUGGAGUGGAAAGCAUCGUCGGACCGCUGAUCAAUACGCUCGUUUGCCGCGUGGAUCUAUCGGAUGGUUCUUGUUGUCUCUUGGACAUACUCCAGGACGUACAAAGAGACUAUAUGGAAGCCUUGCCUCAUCGUCAUAUCGCUUUGGCCGACGUUCAGCACGUGCUUGAGCUCUCCGGCGCCAACCUUUUCAAUACUGCGCUGUCCUACCGUCGCCUACCCCAGGAACAGAACUCUCCUAAAGAGGAUGUUACUCUCCGCGAGGUUCGCCCGAUCUACGAUCCGACCGAGUACCCAGUCAGUGUCAAUAUCGAAGUCGGCGAUGACACAGCAGCUGUGGAUCUCGACUAUUGGACAGACCAUCUCACCGCCAUACAGGCUAGGAAUGUCGCCAACACUUUCGCGCGUGCGCUCGAGAACAUUGUCUUCAACUCGAAACGGCGCAUCUCAUCCCUGGACCAUCUCAGCCCGAGGCACCUGCAACAGUUACAGGACUGGAAUGUCAUGCCGGCCACGAUCAACGAGUGUGUACACAACAUAUUCGCCCGAUGGGCUGAUUCUCAACCAGAGGCACAGGCGAUCUGUGCUCACGACGGAGAGUACACAUACGACCAGCUGAAGACCGCCACAGAUCGCUUGUCGCAUCAUCUCGUCAAGCUUGGAGUUGGACCUGAGGUGUUCGUGCCUACUUGUUUCGACAAGAGUGCCUUUGCAAUUAUUGCCAUGCUCUCUGUUCUCAAGGCAGGCGGCGCUGCUGUCCCACUCGAUGCAGCGCAUCCCGCCCCAGCGCUCCAAACCCGUCUCGAAGAUGCUGGUGCCCAAGUGGUACUGACCACUGCUUCGCGUGCAUCCAAGUUCGACGGUCUCGUGGCCAAUGUCAUCAUAGUAGAUGAUGCACUUCUACAGAGUCUUCCUCUUGUCGGUGGUCCUGCCUGCCCUAGCGUGCAGCCCCACAACCCGGUAUUCGUCAUCUUCACUAGUGGUAGUACCGGGCGACCCAAGGGUGUUGUACUUGAGCAUUCGGCAAUAGCCACCAGUGCGGAGGCUCACGGCUCCAAGUUCGGCAUCAACCGGGACUCGCGCAUGCUUCAGUUCGCUUCAUACACGUUUGACAACUCACUAGAAGAGAUGUUCACUACUCUUCAGCGAGGUGGCUGCGUAUGCGUACCCUCUGAAGCCGAUCGUGUCAACGAUCUCCCUGGUGCCAUCGCUAGGCUGAGAGCGAACAAGAUGGAUCUAACACCUACGGUGGCGGCACUUCUCACGCCUGCACAAGUCCCUUCAAUCAAAAGCCUUUGUCUUGGUGCGGAGCCUCUUACCAGGGCGCUCAUCGACCUCUGGAGUCAACAUGUCCACCUUGUUGGAAUGUACGGACCUAGCGAAGCAUCCAUCAACUCGGCGUUCAAAGAUUUCAGUGAUGGCCGCGGCGAAGCUACCAAUAUCGGCAAGGCAAUCGGCUGCGUUGGAUGGGUCGUCGACGCCGAGAACCGUGACCGCCUGAUGCCUAUUGGUUGCAAGGGAGAGUUGAUCCUUGAAGGACCAAUUCUCAGCCGCGGUUACCUCAAUGACGCCGAGAAGACAAAGGCGGCAUUCCUCAUGGAUCCUGAGUGGGCUCGUGUCAUGGGCCCCACAGGACGUAGGUUCUACUGUACCGGCGAUCUCGUGCAAUACACCUCCGACGGUGACAUGAUCUAUCUGGGCAGAAAAGACUCUCAAGUCAAGCUGCAUGGCCAACGUAUUGAGUUGGGGGAGAUCGAGCACCACCUCAAGCUGAACCUACCGGCUGGCGCAAAGUCGGCUGUCGAGCUAGUCAAGUUCAGCGACAGCAACAAGACAAAAGCGCUCGUAGCCUUCAUGUGCCUCUCUGAAGAUGAAGAUGAGGCUCCAGCUGCCAUCAGCGAGAUGGGCGAGUCGGCACGCGUAGUGGCCAAGCAGGUUGAAAUCGCGCUCGCCAAUGCGCUCCCUGUUUACUAUGUCCCUUCCAUGUUCAUGCCAGUCACCCGCAUGCCCAUGACGACGUCUGGCAAACUUGACCGGAAGGUGCUACGCGCCUUGGCGGCAGCCCUUCCUGAAUCACACAUGACUCCUUUCCGCUUAGCAGGCAAGAGCGGCCGCGCACCUGCUGGGAAAGCCGAGGUCGCGUUGGCGCGUCUCUGGGCUUCGGUGCUGAAGCUCGACGCGAGCGCUGUGGGCGCAGAAGACUCCUUCUUCCGCCUUGGUGGGGACUCCAUCAGCGCCAUGAAGCUCGUCACUGCGGCGAGAAAGGAUGGCGUUAUGCUCAAUGUCGCCAAUGUGUUUGCGCAGCCUAAGCUGCUAGACAUGGCCGCUACUGCGGUGAUGCUGUCUUCCGAUGAUGCCGCAAAGCCGGAAGCAGAUACCUUGCCCAUGGAGCUGCUCCCGCAGUCUUCUCGUCAGGCUAUCAUGGCACUGGCUGCAGCUGAGUGCGGUGUUUUCCCUGAUUCCAUCGAAGACAUAUACCCAUGCAGCAAGCUCCAAGAGGGUCUUGUAAUGCUCACCAACAAGGAUCCAGGAACGUACGUCGUGCAGCCCAUCUACCGCCUGCCAGCCGACAUCGACCUGGCGCGUUUCAAAGAGGCUUGGAAGGCCGUCAUUGCCAGCGAGGCCACUUUGCGCACGCGCAUCGUCUACUCAGAGGAGCAUGGCUUCCUGCAGGUAGUGUUACGCGAAGAGAUUGAGUGGCAGUCUCUCCUCGACAUCCAAGAUAUCAACGAGACCACCAGGCAGCUUCCCGCCAAGAACGGCGCACCUCUAACAACUUUCACCCUCGUUGGUGAGAAGACUGACUCAGUCUUCUUUGUAUGGACUGCCCACCAUGCCGUUUACGAUGGUUGGAGCUGGACAGCAUUGUUCCGCAAAGUCGAAGCACACUACCGCAACGAAACCCAAAACAUCGCCCUCACUGUGCCUUACUCGCGCUUCGUGAAGUACAUUACGAGUUUGGACCAGAAGCAGUCCGAUGCGUUCUGGCUUUCGCAACUCGACAACGUAACGGCGUCACAAUUCCCCCAGUUGCCAUCCCCAGAUCACCGCGUGGAAGCCAAUGGCCAACUGCUGCACUCUGUACAGCUCAAACGCAACCCAGGCCUCGAGGUCACCGUCCCUUCCAUGAUCCGCGCAGCAUGGGGCAUUCUCCUUGCCACCUACUCCGGACUAGAUGACGUCAUUUGGGGUGAAACUAACAGUGGUCGCGAGGCUUCCGUUCCUGGCAUAGAGUCCAUCAUUGGCCCCACUAUUACGACUGCACCCGUCCGGCUGCGGCUCAACCGCACUUCCACAGUUCACGAGUAUCUCAAAGAGACCCAGAAACAGUCUUCGCUUUCGCUGCCAUAUCAGUUCGCCGGUCUACAACACAUCAGCAAACUCAGUUCCGAGACAGCCAUAGCCUGUGACUUCCAGAGCUUUCUGGGUAUCGAGUCAGGAGACGACUUCGACGCCGAGAGCCCUCUGUGGAACAUGAUCAGUGCCAACACUAUCGGAACUGACUUUUUCAGCUAUGCGUUCGUCUUCAACUGCAAGGUCAGUUCGACUGGCGUUCUGGUAGAAGCGUUGUUCGAUGAUCGCGUUGUCGAAAAAUGGCUCGCUCAGCGCAUGGUGCAGCAAUUUGACUUCAUCCUCACGCAGUUGAAUGGUGCUGACAACAUCACGCGAACGUUGGAUGACCUGGAUCUAGUCAAUCCUGCUGACCGUGAUCUGAUCGGCUCUUGGAAUCGCGAGCCAGUGCCAUCAAUCCGUAGAUGCAUUCACAGUGUUAUCGAAGAGGACCAGGUCGCGUCUCGUCCCACCGCUGCUGCUGUCAAUGCCUGGGAUACUGGUGUCAUGACUUACCGCGAGCUCGACGACCGAUCUUCUGCUCUCGCGCACCGGUUGAUGCGACUUGGGGUUAAGCCAAAUCAAUUCGUCCCGCUCUGCUUCGACAAGUCAGGUUGGACCAUCGUCGCCAUGCUGGCUGUACUCAAAUCUGGAGCAGCAUUUGUUCCCUUGGACUUCGAGGCACCUAUUCUCCGCCUUCGUGAAAUUGUCUCAGACAUUGGCGCCGACCUGGUCCUUUGCGCGCCACAGUAUGAAGGGCUUUGCCAGUCUAUCCCGUCCAGCACCCUGGUUGUAGAUCGGCAAGCAACUGAGACUCCUCAUGAUAGUCUACAGCGUCUUCCUUCAGUACACAGUGACUCUCCAGCAUACGCCUUCUACACUUCUGGGUCGACCGGCAAACCCAAGGGGGCUCUAGUGAACCACAACCACUGGGUCACCAGUUCUACUGCAUUCGUGGCUGGCUGGAAGAUCUCUAAUACGUCUAGAGUACUCCAAUUCGCUUCGUACACAUUCGAUGCUUGCUUAAUUGAGAUACUCAGCACUCUCAUGCAGGGCGGUACUAUCUGCGUACCAGACCAGGCUACCCGAACGAACGAUCUUGUUGGCGUCAUGAACCAGUUCAAUGUCAACUGGGCUGCUCUCACACCCUCAGUCGUGCGUAUGAUGUCGCCAUCGCAAGUCCCUAUGUUAGAGACUCUGUUCCUUGUUGGCGAAGCAAUGUCGCAGCAAGACCUGAUCACUUGGGCGGACAAGGUCACACUCGGCAAUGGUUACGGACCGACUGAAUGCUCUGCUAUUGCGACCACCAAUAUCAUGACAUCUCACAUGAAGCCCAACAAUCUUGGCAAGGCUGUCACAGCACGAGGCUGGAUCGUCUCAAGGAACAACCACAACGUACUUGCACCAGUUGGCGCCAUAGGAGAGCUUUUGUUGGAGGGAGGUGCAGUUGGAGCCGGAUAUCUCAACAACCCCGAAAAGACAGCCCAGUCUUUCGUUGGGCAUGUCAAGUGGUCUUCAGGUCUACUGAGCAAUGAUUCCUCAGCAUCCCUGCGCAUCUACAAGACUGGUGACUUGGUCAAAUACAACGAGGAUGGCACAAUGCUGUAUCUCGGUCGCAAGGACUUCCAGACCAAGGUGCGCGGCCAACGAUUAGAGCUAUCUGAAGUUGAGCACAAACUAUUGGACGAUCACAACGUACAAACCGCUCUGGCUUCGGUGCCUAAAGCUGGACCUUGUGCGAAGCGACUUGUCGCAAUUGUGUCCCUCCAAAACAUGGGCACGACUACGAUGAGCACGGGGAACGGAUUGAAGGUGUUGCCGCAAGAAAGUGCCUCGCUGAACAUUGCUUCCAUUCGGGACAGUCUAUGCGAGCGCUUGCCCGCCUACAUGAUACCCUCCUUGUGGGUCGCUGUCGAGCGCUUCCCGUUGAUGCCUUCCGGGAAAUUGGAUCGAAGACGCGCGAUCCAGUGGCUGGAGGAGAUGGACCAGCCUACUUAUCGUCUGAUCUCGGCCAUUGGAUCGGACGAUACCGAAUCCAACGACGGUAACGCGAUCGAGAAGAAGCUGCAAGCUAUCUUCGCCAAGGUUCUGAACCUUUCAGUCGCUGAUAUCCGUCUCAAUCAGUCUUUCCUACAUCUUGGCGGUGAUUCAAUUGCCGCUAUGCAAGUCUCAUCGCAGUGUCGUGCGCAGGGCUUUCCCAUCAGCGUACAGGAUAUCAUUCGUGCAAAAUCCAUCUCGGCUAUGGCCUCAGCAGCCAAUGUUUCCGAGAAGUCACAAGUUGUAUCGGAAGCCGUAGACUACGAUUUGCCCUUCGAUCUUUCGCCAAUUCAAAAGGUCUUCUUCGACACCGUUGGCGAUGCGCACAACCACUUCAAUCAGACUGAGCUUUUCCGCCUCUCACGGAAUGUCGAGACUGCAGAGCUUCGGGCGGCGGUGACUACUCUAGUCAAAACUCAUCCAAUGCUUCGUGGACGCUUUGCCAAGAACGAAGCAGGAGCUUGGAAGCAGCGAGUCGAAAAAGAUGCACCAACGUCAUUUAGACUUCGUCGCCACAACGUGCAAGCAGGAGACGAUGCCAAUUUACGACCCAUAAUCGAUGACAGCCAGGCAACCUUGGACGUUUCCAACGGCCCGACCUUUGCUAUCGAGCUCUUUGACAUCGAUCAAACUUUCUCUCAGGCCAUAGCACUCGUCGCUCACCAUCUUGUCAUCGACGUGGUGUCAUGGGGAAUCAUCCUCGAAGAUCUGCAGGGUCUCCUUCACGGCCUUCAGCCAGCACCUCAGAGCUUACCCUAUCACCUUUGGCUGCAACAGCAGACCAUUCAGGCCAAGCAAGAGAACGCCAGAAGUGUCUUUCCGGCCGGGGAUAUUGCACCGGGAGACUUCGACUACUGGGGCAUGGAAGGCCGCCCCAAUCUCAGUGGAGACGUAGUGGAAGAGGAUGUACAGCUGUCGACUCGAGACACCAUGCUCCUUCUUGGUGCACAGGACGCUCUGGCUACCGAGAUUCUCGACAUUCUCAUCGCUGCUUUAUUUGAGUCGUUCCGCAAGGUUUUCUCUGACAGGUCCACCAUCACGAUACACAAUGAAGGCCACGGUCGUGAAACUUCUAAUAGCCGCCAAGACCUCUCGCGCACAGUGGGCUGGUUUUCCACAGUGACGCCUAUCCAUCUUCCUGUCCCACUGGAUGAAGCCACAGACAUGAUCAGCACUAUCCGAUGGGUUAGAGACUUCAGAAACCGUACGCCAGACAAAGGGCGGCCUUACUUCGCCUACCGGAAUCUCACAGAGGAAGGCCAGACUCGAUAUGCCAGCCACUGGCCUGCAGAAGCUGUCUUCAACUAUCUUGGCAGGCUUCAAACACAAGACGGCAAGGAGGGACUGUUCACUUCGCUCGAUGAGGUCGACUCUCGCGAAGUUGGAGCGGAUGUUCCCCGCCUAGGGCUUUUUGACAUCACGGCAGCGGUUUCCCAGGGCGCUAUCAAGCUCUCCUUUGGAUGGAAUCGCAACAUGCGACGACAGAACGAGAUCCGUGCGUGGGUUGCACAGUGUCGCCAGACCCUCGUCGAUGCCGUAGAACAGCUUCUCGAAGUUCGACAGGAGCGUAACGUUAGCAACUUCAAGCAUCUUCCACUUCUUUACAACGGUACAUCCAGGCUCUCCGCGGUUCUGCCCGCCGGUAUCAACCUCACGGAUGUAGAGGAUAUAUACCCGGCAUCUCCAAUGCAGCAGGGUCUUCUUCAUACGCAAUCACGCAAUCCCGAGCUCUACACGUAUCACACCGUGGCACAAGUACAGUCCACGGACGGCAAGCCAAUGGAUCCACGCCGUCUUACCGAAGCGUGGCAAGUCGUAGUGCACCGUCAUCAGGCCUUGCGAACUAUCUUCAUCGAUAGCCUUGCAAAGGACGGGUCGAAAGAUCAGGUCGUGGUCAAGGAGAGAGCCGGAAGAGUUCAACUCCUCGCCGACUGCGAGGACGAUCAGGUUGCCAAGCUUCUGCGAGAUCAAUCGCCCAUUGACUGCCGCGAGGCUGUGCCACCUCAUCGCAUGAGCAUUUGCAAAACAAAGACUGGCAAAGUAUGGAUCAAGCUCGAGCUCAGUCAUGCGAUCAAUGACGGCACCUCGGUAUCCAAUCUACUUACUGAUCUUGCUCGUGCGUACGCACGAAAGCUGACACGAGCUGAUGCCGGACCACUCUAUUCCGACUACAUCGCAUACAUGCUCUCCAAAUCCAGCAAUGCUGACUUGUCAUACUGGAAGACGCACCUUGCCGGGAUGGAGCCCUGCUUCUUUCCCACCCUCAACGAUGGUAUCCCAAGCUCUCCAGAGUCAGGAUCAGUUGACAUAGACCUCGGUAGCACUGCCCGUGUUCAGGCGUUUUGCAAGCACAAUGGUGUGACUCUUUCGAACGUGCUCCAGCUUACGUGGGCUCUCACUCUCCAUUACUAUGUAGGCACGUCUGAUGUCUCCUUCGGCCUAAUUGCUUCUGGUCGAGACAUUCCGGUCACCAACAUCGAGGAGGCCGUGGGCUGCUUCGUCAAUAUGGUCAUCUCACGCAUAUCUUUUUCGGAUGACACAACCAUUGCCCAGCUCCUCGAGGCUCUCCAAACAGGCUCUACUGAGGCUCUUUCGCAUCAGGGCUGCUCUCUUGCCGACAUACAGCAUGCCCUUCAACUACCUUCAUUGUUCAACACGGCUUUCACCUUCCAAAGGCGCGGUCUGUCAAGCGAUCCAGAGGAGACGGCUCUCACCUACGAAGAUAUGGAAGCGGAAGAUGCCGGCGAAUACAUUGUCACAGUCAAUGCAGAUGUUACCGACGACAACAUCACUGUCGACUUUGGCUAUUCGAAAGACAGGAUUCUCCCCUCUCAAGCACAGAAUAUGGCCGAUACUUUCAGCAAGAUUCUGGACAGCAUUGUUGAAAGCUGUGCUUCGGAGCUCACUGUUGGCAAGCUGGACGUGUUCACGGAUAGUAGCCUCCGACAAAUCACCGAAUGGAACCCACAACUUCCGCCACCUAUCCGCCGUUGUGUGCACGACGUCAUUCAUGAUCAGGCACUGACGAGACCACGAACAACAAAGGCUGUGGAAGGAUGGGACGGGUCAUUCACUUACCAAGACUUUGACAAGAUCACCAAUCAGCUUGCAGUCCAUCUACAGGCUAUCGGUGUGACCACUGAGACUUUCGUGCCAAUUCUGUUCGAGAAGUCAUCGUACGCUAUCGUCAGCAUGAUUGCAAUCAUGAAGGCUGGUGGAGCGUACGUGCCGCUAGACCCGAAGCAUCCGCAAACCAGACUUCGAGAGCUUAUCGAAGACGUUGGCGCCCCGGUGGUGUUGUGCUCGCGCGGAUACCACGACAAAGCAAGCGAGGUCGCAAAGACAGCCGUUAUCGUCGACCAGCGAUCCAUCAAGAAGCUCGGAAUUCCAGUGGCCAGCAAGCCACGUUCCACAGCAACUCCCGACAACGCAGCGUACUGCUUGUUCACCUCAGGUACUACCGGCAAGCCGAAGGGAACAAUCAUUCCUCAUCAAGCAUUCUGUACAAGUGCAGCUGCUUUCACGCGUCGCAUGAAUAUCAAUGCAACCUCUCGCACCUUCCAGUUUGCUUCAUACACAUUCGACGCAAGCUGUAUCGAGAUUCUUUCAGCCUUGACCGUGGGCGCCACGGUAUGCGUGCCAACAGAUGACGAUCGUAUGAACAACGCAGCUGGCGCCAUCCGCAAGUUGAGAGUCAAUUGGUCACUGUUGACCCCGUCGGUUCUUGGAACUGUCGAGCCAGAGCGUGUUCCUGGUUUGAAGACGCUUGUUUCUGGAGGCGAGGCGCUUCCCGGACCCAUCCUCAAGAAAUGGGGCAACAGCACUUGCUUCAUCAACGCUUACGGCCCUACCGAGUGCUCAGUCGUAGCCGCUACUGCAUACAAGUCCACACUGGAUCACAAGCUCAUUGUUUCAGAGCCAGGCACCAUUGGUACCGGAAGCGGAUGUCGACUAUGGAUCGUACACCCACGAAACCACGACAAACUCAUGCCUAUCGGUAGCGUCGGCGAACUCGUCAUUGAAGGCCCCACCGUGGCCCGUGGGUAUUUGAAUGAUGAAGUCAAGACCGCGAAGGCUUUCAUCGUUGAUCCUGCCUGGGCGAAAACUAUCUCUUCCGGCAGCCAAAUCUCUGGAACAGCCCGCAUGUACAAGACAGGUGACCUUGUCCGCUACAACACAGAUGGGUCCGUGAACUACAUCGGUCGUAAGGACACCCAGAUCAAGCUCAACGGUCAGAGAAUUGAACUGGGUGAGAUCGAGUUUCACGUAGGAAAGAACUUCCCCGAGAGCGUACAGUCCGCAGUGGAACUAGUCGCACCCUCCAAUCGCAGCUCUGCGAAGGCUUUGGCAGUAUUCUUUGCUGUUACUCAGGGUCAAGCCGGAGACGAAGCGCAAAACGUCCAGCCGCCCUCGACCGACCUGCCCGCCUCCGAUGAACUACUUCUUCCGCUCAGCGACGAGCUUCGAGACAUGUGCAAAGACACUGAGAAUGGGCUCGCCGGCUCUUUGCCCUCGUACAUGAUACCUUCGAUCUUCAUCCCUGUCACGAAGUUGCCCUGGACUUCGGCGGGCAAGCUAGACCGCAAUCGUCUCCGCAGCUUAGUACAAAACCUCAGUCGGGAGACAAUGGCUUUGUACCGACUCACAAGCAUGGCGAACAAGAAGCAGCCCACGACCGAGGCAGAGAAGAAGAUCCACAAAGCGGUGUGCUCCGUCUUGAGUUUGCCACCUUCUGCAGUAGGCAUCGACGACAGUUUUGUCCGCCUUGGUGGCGACUCCAUCUCGUCCAUGCGUCUCGUUGCGAUGGCUCAUACCGAACAGCUAGAGCUGUCCUUUAUCGACAUCUUCAAGAAUCCGAAGCUCUCCGAGUUAGCCAGGAUUGGUACUCGUUCUAACACACUCAAUCAGCCGCAGAAGGCAGUGCAGCCUUUUGACCUGCUGCCAGCUUCGUCUCCGAGAGCUGAAGUACUGGGCGAAGCUGUCCAGCAAUGCCGAGUUCCGAAGGAAAACAUUCAGGACGCCUAUCCGACGAGUCCACUUCAGGAUGCGCUUCUCACGCUCUCUAUCAAGCAAGCUGGAGCUUAUGUCGCGCAGCACGUAUUGGCGCUACCGAAAACUUUGGACAUGACGAAGUUCAAGGCGGCCUGGGACACAGCCAUUCAGGAGAUUGACAUCCUUCGUACUCGCAUCAUCCAGUUACCAUCCGGUAUGUUCAUGCAAGCUGUCAUGAAGAAGGAUCCUGUUGUCUGGAAAGAAGAGGCCUCGCUCAUGAGUGCCGAAGGCGAAGCGAUGACCAUUCCUUCGGAUCUCGGUGGCAAACUCGCAGCCUACUCACUGGUCACUACGACAUCAGGGGAGCGGUACUUUGUAUGGACACUGCAUCAUGCCUUGUACGAUGGCUGGAGUAUCUACCUGAUGCUUCAGCGAGUGCAGCAGAUAUACUCGAGCGGCACAUCCACCAUCCCUCAGACACCUUACUCCAAAUUUGUGGGGUACAUUUCUGGCACCGAUGCCUCUGCUUCGAAUCUUUACUGGAAGAACAGCUUGAUGGGUCUCAACGCCUUCCAGUUCCCUCAGCCACCCCAUGCCACCUCAAACGCAACAUCCGACGGACGGAUGUUCCAACACACUGUGAAGCUUGCACCUCGCAAGAACACAGACGUCACACCAGCCAAUGUCAUACGAGCUGCCUGGGCUUUGCUGCUUGCUGCCUACACCGGAAGUGAUGAUGUGGUGUUUGGUGAGACUCUUGCUGGGCGAGACAUUGCCGUCGCGGGAAUUACGGAUGUGUGUGGUCCUACAUUGACCACUGUUCCGUCCAGGGUCAAAAUUGAUCGCGGCGCUACUGUUAGCGACUUGCUCAAGAUGAUAGCGACGAAUGUCACCGACCGUAUCCCAUACCAACACCAUGGGAUUUCUGCUAUCAAAGCACUCGGCGACGACAUGGCAGCCGCAUGCGACUUUCAGAACCUUUUGGUUGUUCAAACGGAGAACGAGGAGCUCGCCGACUCCAUGUGGACCGUCCACGAGAACGAAGAUCAGGGCAAUUUCUUCACAUACCCACUCGUGAUUGAGUGCAAGAUGGGAUCGACCAAGAUCGAUGUCUUGGCUCACUUCGAUGCAAAUGUCAUCUCGCUUUGGCAUAUUCAGCGCCUUCUAUACCAGUUUGAGUCGGUGCUGAACCAACUCCAAUCAGCUACUCAUGUUCGUCAUGUAGCUGUCUUCAGUGAACAGGACAAGCAGCUCGUGCAAAAGUGGAACGCGUAUGAGCCUGAUCUCAUCGAUGACACUGUGCCCUCGCUCUUUUUCCAGAAGGCUGCAUCUCAGCCCACCGCCACAGCCGUGACCGCUUUCGAUGGCGAACUCACCUACGCUGAGCUUGGCGCGCUUGCAUCGCAACUGGCACAGCAGCUAGUGAAGCUUGGUGCUGGCCCUGAAUCUCUGAUCCCGAUCUGUGUGGACAAGUCGCGAUGGGCCAUCGUAGCUAUCAUGGCUAUUCUCAUCUCUGGCGCAGGCUACGUGCCAUUAUCUUCAUCAGACCCGCCUUCACGACAUCUGCAUAUCGUUGAGGCAUGCAAAGCUUCGAUCGUCCUGUGCUCACCGCCGUACGCCCAUCGUUUCACGGACAUGGUCGAUCACGUGUUCAAUGUCAGUGAGACCACCAUUCGACGACUACCAGCCUGUUCCGGACCGCUAUCGCAGCGCGCCAAAGGCAACAAUACCUGCUACGUCAUCUUCACUUCAGGUAGCACAGGACAACCCAAGGGAGUCGUUGUAGAGCACAAGAGUAUAGCUUCUAGCUCGGCUGCGAUAUGUGAAGGGCUUCAUGUCACGCCUACUUCCCGAGUGUUCCAGUUCUGCUCCUUCCUUUUUGACGUUUCCGUUGGCGAAACCCUCGCCGUCCUUCUUCGGGGCGCCACAAUCUGUGUACCAUCAGACGAACAGCGCACCACGGACCUCGCCGCUGCAGUGACAGAUCUCAAAGCCAACUGGGCUUUCUUCACACCAUCAGUUGCCGGUACGCUGGAAGGACCAAGUGCUGUACCGACGUUGGAGACUCUGGUAGCCGGUGGUGAGGCCAUGACAUCUGACGUGGUUGACAAAUGGGCCAACGGUGUCAAACUACAGAACGGCUACGGUCCUACUGAAGGCACUGUGUUUGCUAUCGUCAAUGAUCAUGUCUCUGCACAACGAGACCCGUCGAACAUUGGUCGCGCCCUAAAGAGCGGACGUGCUUGGCUUACUAACUCUGACAAUCCUCACGAGCUUGCACCCAUCGGCGCAACCGCAGAGCUUUGUCUCGAGGGACCAUUACUCGCCCGAGGCUACCUCAACGACCCUGAACGUACUGCGGAAGCCUUCAUCGAAGCCCCUGCCUUCUUGAAGAUGUUCUCGAUCCGCAAUACAUCGCGUAUCUACCGUACCGGCGACCUUGUUCAGUACACCGCUGAUGGGUCUAUCCACUACAUCGGGCGAAGAGACAACCAGAUCAAGCUCGCGGGUCAGCGAAUCGAGCUUGAUGAAAUCGAGGCAGUCAUGCAGGCGGACGACAACAUCCAUCAAGUGGUUGUACAGCUACCCAAGAUUGGCCCCUGCACGAAGAAGCUCACGGUUGUCGUCAGUUUCCCCGGAACCGCCGCUACCAACGCUGGUUCAGACUGGCGCACGGUACUCUCCGACAAAGAAACGCUCUCGCGAAUCAAUCGUGCAAAGGAGAGAUUGUCUGAUCUCGUGCCAUCAUAUAUGGUACCUGCCAUUUGGAUCGCUGUUCCCCGUAUCCCAGCCUUGGCUUCCACCAAGUUGGACAAGAAGCAAGUCGGGUCGUGGCUACAUGAUCUGGAUGAAGCCACGCAUCAGCGCGUUGUGAACGCUGAGCUUCCUGAAGUGGCCGACGGACCUGUUGAUACCGCUCUUACAGUUCUUCGGGGCAUCUGGGCGAAGGUAUUGGACUGUCCUGUGGAAGACGUCAAGCCUUCCAAGUCCUGGCUAUCGCUUGGUGGCGAUUCGAUCUCUGCCAUGAAGCUUCUCGCAAAGUGCAGAAGCGAGGGUAUUAGCCUUACUCUGAACCAAGUGCUGCGCGCCAAGUCCCUGGCCCAUCUGGCGGCCGACAUCAAGGCCGUAGUCAUCCUGGACCACGGAACAGAGACAAGCGACCAACCUUUUGCCCUCUCUCCGAUUCAGCGCUUCUACUUCCAGACCGGCAAGAUCGAAAACGGCACACACUUCAACCAAUCAUCAUCACUGCGCAUCUCACGAUACAUGCAACCGGCUACUGUUCAACGCGCUAUGGAUUCCAUCGUCGCAUGUCACUCGAUGCUACGUGCUCGCUUCUCCAAGGACGAUGCUGGGAAAUGGCAGCAGCUCGUCAUCUCGAAAAUUUCCGGAUCCUACGCAUUCACGACACAUGAGGUUCCAACCGCUUCUGCUGCGACUGCCAUCAUUGCCGCUACCCAGAAAAGCCUCGACAUUCGCGCCGGUCCUGUCUUUGCCGUGAAUCUCUUCAGUCUCAAGGGCAAACAGAUGAUUUUCAUGGCUGCUCACCACCUUGUCGUAGAUGUAGUGAGCUGGGGCGUGUUGCUUGGCGAUCUGGAAGACUUACUCGCUUCUGGCCCAACUACAAAGCUUGCAAAGAGCCUACCUUUCCAGACCUGGAAUGCGAUGCAGAGCUCAAACGCCUCGCAAAUCGAUCGACAACGCGACGUGCAAACCCAGCCGCUCGCGGUUGAACCGGCGAACUACGCCUUCUGGGGGAUGGAGGCUCGAUCGAACGUGUACGGUGAUACUGAGAGGGAUGAGUUCGUCAUCGAUAAGGAAAUAUCUGCGAUGGCUUUCGAAAACCACCACGUGUACAGGACAGACCUCGUCGACAUCCUCCUCGCGUCUAUUGUCCACUCCUUCUCCCGCGUGUUCAUCAACCGCAGGGCUCCUACCCUGUUCAACGAGUCUCAUGGACGAGAAGCAUGGGACUCAAGCAAUCUCGAUCUUUCCCGGACUGUCGGAUGGUUCACAUCCAUGUAUCCGGUCACCAUUCCCAUCGGUGACGAAGAAGACGAGGUCAUGCAUACGCUCCGACAAGUCAAGGAUACCCGCCGCAAGAUCACAAGCAAUGGCCGACCUUACUUUGCUUAUCGCUAUCUCACAGAAGAUGGGCAGCAACGCUUUGCCAAUCAUGCCCCAAUGGAAGUGCUGUUCAACUACCUAGGCCGACAAGAACAGUCUGGGUCUAGCGAUUCGCUCCUACAGCCGCUGCAGCUGGACGGCGAUGACGAGGAGACAUCCGACGUGGGUACUAAGACAACGCGUAUGGCACUCUUCGAAAUUUCGGCUUCAGUCUUGGAAGGCCAGAUCCAACUCAGCUUCAUGUACAAUCGCUACUCCAAGAACCAGAAAGGCAUUCGCAGGUGGAUCGCCGAAUGCCAACGCACACUGGAGGAGAUUGCCACCGAACUGGCCAAGACCGAUACGCCACAGCCAACGAUGACCGACUUCCCACUACUACCAUUGGAAUCGUACAGUCGCCUCGAUCGGGUCUUGAAGACACUUCCUCAUGCCGGUAUCCAUUCUUUCGAUCAGGUGGAAGAUAUGUACCCUUGCUCGCCUAUCCAAGACGGGAUGAUCUUGAGUCAGAUCAAGGCCCCGGAAUCGUACUGGUCGUCAACUGCGUUUGAAGUCAAAUCGAAGCGAGGCCCAGUCGAUGCCAGUAAAGUCAUCGAUGGAUGGAAGCAAGUUGUUGCCCGUCAUCCAGCGUUGCGCACCGUCUUCAUCGACAGUGUCUGCAAAGGAGGCGUCUUCGAUCAGAUUGUCGUCAAGGGCCCCGAUUCUGGCAUAGUCAAGUACACUUGCAAGGACAGCGAAGUGACUAAGAUGCUAGAGUCCAUCAAGCAUGGCUCUCUCAACGGCAAGAAGAAACCUGUCCUUCCCCAUCAGGCUGCUGUCGUCCAGACUCCUUCAGGCAAGAUCUUUGUUAAGGUCAUUGUCAACCAUGCCGUUAUCGACGGAGGCUCACUCGGCAUUAUCGGGCAAGAUCUCCAGGAAGCAUACCAAGGGGAGCUAUCUGAGGAAGGACCGCUAUACAGCGACUAUAUCAAGUACCUGCGCGGUCUGCCAGUUGAUGAUGCGGUACUGUACUGGAAGGCCAAGCUUCGCGGUGUCAGCCCAUGUUAUUUCCCGACUACGCCUCGAGACCCCAGUAAGCAGCGAGAGCUUCGGUCUUUGGACAUGCGCUUUACCCGAUUUGACGAGAUUCACGAUCUAGCGGAGAGCAGCAACGUCACUUUCGCCAAUAUCCUCCUCGCAGCAUGGGCUCUGGUGCUCCGCUCUUACACCAACUCCUCCGAUGUGUGCUACGGAUAUCUCACGUCGGGAAGAAAUGUACCAAUCGACAAUAUCGACAGCGCAGUUGGCGCGUUCAUCAACAUGUUGGUAUCACGAGUUCAAUUGAAACCGACUUCUUCACUGCUCCAGGUCGUUGAGAAGGUGCAGUCCGACUUUGUCGACUCCAUGCCACAUCAACAUUGCUCGCUCGCUCAAUUCCAGCAUGAUCUUGGUCUUUCCGGAAAAUCGCUUUUCAACACUGCCGUCUCGAUUCAGAGGCGCGCGAACGCAGACGAGCCCGCGGCAGAUGACUCUGGUAUUGAGUUUGAGCAGCUUGAUGGCCACGAUCCCAGCGAGUUCGCUAUCACGGUCAACAUCGAUGCCACCCGCGAUGAUGAAGCCGUGCGCUUCACGUAUUGGAGUGAUGCAGUGACCGAUGUCGAGGCUAAGAACGUUUCUGCUCUCAUGGCAAAGGUCCUGGCCCAGGCGCUCAACAACGCACAGCAAACCAUUCCCGACUUGGAUAAUGUCAUCAAGAUCAAGCCAACACAGUCUUCACCCGGUCACCUUGCUUUACCUAAGCCGCGUCCUAUUCUCAGAACCAGCUCGAGCAUUUCCAGUGGCGGAUCAACCUCACCUCCUCGUACACCGAGGAUCACAUUCCCUGAUCUGACUCCAGCGGCGCCGCAGCCAGCUGAGACACCUGACUGGAGCAGCCUCAUCCGAUCCAUCGUCAGCGAGAUGGUGCCCCAGAUCGUCGAGCAGAUCGUAGCGCAGAACAAGCUGACAACUGAACCCACAUCUGCAACGAUCGAUCAGAUGACUAAUCAAAUGGCGGGUAUGCUCACGAGAAAGCAUUCGAUGUCACAACGCGGACGGCCGAGUAUCGAUGGAGCGUCUAUACACCCAGCCUCACCACGAGCAGCCUCCAUACGUUCGCGCCGCAUGAGCAUUGCCAGUAAUGCGGAGAACAGAAUCCAGACCGCUGCUGACAUGGUCGCCACUCUUGGUGUCAUUGCCACCGAGACCUCUACCAAAGUCACACCUGACAUUGUUGAGAAGAAGCUACUCAAUCUGUGGGCUGAGCUUCUCGAGACGGUGGAGGACACCAUCGAGCAAGAAGAUAGUUUCUUCAAUCUCGGGGGUGAUAGCAUCAUGGCUAUGCGCCUCGUCGGAGCCGCGAGGGAAGAGGGCCUUUCAAUGACCGUGGCUGAUGUGUUCAAGAACCCCACAUUUGCCGACAUGGCUCGUGUAGUACGUGUUGCGGGCGAGGUCAUUGAUGAAGUUAUGUCCCGAGCUGGCGGCGGCUCAGUGGCAGGCAGGAGUGUCGGAGGCCAGUCCAGGUCUCACCAACGCGGCAGAGCCCAAUCAAUCUGGAGCGACUUCCAGGACAACAUGUUCGAUCUAAACGCCGACACCAAGAGCAUAGCUCCCAGCGAGAUGCCCGCCGAGUCGGAGCUGAGUCACAGAGAUUCAACUAUGUUGAAGAGGUUGCAAGGGCUCACCACCGGCCCGACGAAGCCAAAUGCCUCGCGCAAAAUCAGUUCAAGGCCGUUGGCCACGCAUACUAUUCAGGAAGGUGUUGAGAGCUCUCUCAACAGGUCCGUUUCGAUGCUUGGAGACCCCAAUGUCGACAGUGUCAUUUCGAAAGUGCAAGUAUUCAAGGGAGGCAUCUCGGACGUCUUCCCUGUCACAGACUUUCAAUCACUCGCCAUCACGGGUACUCUCAUGGAGUCAAAAUGGAUGCUCAACUACUUCUACCUGGAUGGAGAUGGGCCGCUCGAUCUUCGCAGGCUCAAGCAAGCUGCUUACCGUAUGGUACAAGCCUUCGAUAUUCUUCGCACCGUAUUCGUCCCCUAUGGCGACCGCUUCCUCCAGGUCGUACUGCGGAAGCUUCAACCAGAAUUCAUAUACCAUCAAACCGACGAAGAUAUCGACACCUUCACCAAGGACCUGCAACAGAAGGAUCGAGAGGGCGGUCCACGACUCGGCGAAGCGUUCAUCCAAUUCGUGGUCGCAAAGCAAAAGCAAACAGGGCGAUACCGUAUCUUCAUGCGACUUUCACACGCCCAAUACGAUGGAGUCUGCAUGUCCAAGAUCCUCGGUGCGCUCCAAGAUGGAUACAAUGGUCUCCCGGUCUCAUCUGCCCCAAGCUUUGGCAACUUUGUACGCGAAACUGCCAAGACCGUAUCGGGAGCCCACGAUCACUGGAGAGACAUUCUUCGCGGCUCUAAGAUGACAGAGAUUGUCAACCGAUUCGGCCCCAACUAUCAGCGCUCAGCUGGCCAAUCCAUCACACUCGAAGAGAGAGUCAGUGCACCCAAGCUCAAGGGCGUCAACAUCACCAGCGCAACGGUGGCCAAGGCCGCUUGGGCUUCGACUCUCUCCCGUCUUGUGAGCAAGGCUGAUAUUGUCUUCGGUCACGUCAUCUCAGGCCGUAACGGCGGUGUCGCCAAUGUCGAGAACAUCGUCGGCCCUUGCUUGAACAUGGUACCUGUUCGCAUCGUGUACCGACCUGAUUGGACUGUAAUGGAUCUUCUAAAGUAUGUUCAAGACCAACAAAUCGCGAACAUGCCAUUUGAGUCGCUCGGCUUCCGCGAGAUCACCCGACACUGCACGGAAUGGCCUGACUGGACGAACUUCUCCAGCGUUCUGCAACAUGACCAGAACAUUCAGGAUGACCGGCCAACUAUGCAGCUAGGCGGCAUCGAGUACACCAUCGGCGCCGUCGGCUCCCAGGAAGACUUCGCAGACUUCUCCGUCCACACUACCUCCCGUGGCAAUGAGAUGGAUGUCACUUUGACGUACGUCCCGAACAGCACGAUUACCACAGAAUUUGCGCAGCACGCAUUCGAUAUUCUUUGCGCCAAUGUCAUGGCUUUCUCGGAAGACCCGCACACUCUGCUUCCACUAUUUACAGAGGUCAGCUCCGGUAGCUCGACUACCGCCAACUCAGAGAAGAUGCGCAAGCGAUCCGUGGAGAAGCAGCCGAUGACUUUACCCACCGAUACAGGCCUCUCAAAUCACGAGACAAACACCCUCGCUACAACCUUGCGAUCGGCUUGGGAGCAAAUUCUACACGACGAGCGUGGCUCUCCUACACCCAUUGAUCUCGGCUCAGACUUCUUCCAGCUGGGCGGCGACAUCAUGGGCUUGGCACAAGUCGCAUCCAUUCUUGACCAAGAUGGUCUGAGAGUCAGGGUCGAAGACUUGCUCGACAAGUCUGUGUUCGUGGAUCAAGUGGGCAUACUUGCUGUGGAGCGCAAGAAGCAGAUUGAGCGAGAGGCGCAGAAUCCUUGGGGUGAGAAGAGCAAGACAAAGGUUGAGGUGAAAGGAGUGAAGGAGAAGGAGAGGAGGGGUAGUGGUUUUGGUCAGUUGGCGAAGAGGAUUGGACUGAAGAGGAAGGAGAGUUCGAAGUCAAUUUUCCAGUUAGGAGGAUGA